UCGCGAGGCACGCUGGGGCAUGUAGUUCUCUAUAGGCUGGAGGCGCACGGUGGGUUGGGAAAGUUGGUCUCGGAGAACUACAGCCGGCCUAGGUGCGCCCGAGCCCGCCCCUUCGCGGUGUAUUCUGGGGAAUGUGGUUUGGUUCACACCCACCCUCUCCACCCCGCUGACGGGCGUCGGUGAUCUCCCGGCUGGCUGAGCCACAAACGAGAAAUUGUAGCCGUGGAAGGAAGCGUCGGUUUAGUUCUGACCCCCAAGGUCUAGGCUUGGGCCCUCAGAGGGUGCGUUCUGGAGAGGCCCAGCUGCUGGCAGGGCUGCUUUUCCUGAACACGGUGCAAACACGUGAAGGUAGUUGGAGUCCCCUAGCAAUGGAUAAAUUCGUCCUUCGAACACCCAGAAUCCAGAAUAGUCCUCAGAAGAAAGCUCCUGGAGGAAAGAUUUACAAGCAGGCCACGAUUGAAUCUCUGAAGAGAGUUGUGGUUAUAGAAGACAUAAAAAGAUGGAAAACUAUGUUGGAGCUUCCUAAUCAAACCAAAGAGAAUCUAGUUGAAGCCUUACAAGAAUUAAAGAAGAAAAUACCCUCCAAGGAAGUGUUAAAAUCAACAAGGAUAGGUCACACUGUGAACAAGAUGCGUCAACACUCAGAUUCAGAAGUGGCUUGUCUUGCCAGAGAAGUUUACACUGAGUGGAGAACUUUCAUUGAAAAACACGUGGAUAGACCUUCUAUAGAAGUCCGAAGUGAUUCCAAAACCGAGACAUUUAGGAAAAACGCCCAGAAAUUACUCUCGGAAGCCUUGGAAUUGGAGAUGGAUCACCUACUGGUUGAAAAUAUUGAACGGGAAACGUUUCAUCUCUGCUCCCGCCUCAUUAAUGGGCCAUACCGGCGGACAGUGAGAGCCCUGGUCUUCACAUUAAAGCAUCAAGCUGAAAUCCGGGCUCAGGUGAAGAACGGCACGCUGCCAGUCGGCACGUUUGUACAGACCCACAAAAAGUGACCUGAGGAUGGUUCCAACCCUGGGCUGGGCAGAAAGGAAAAUGGGCCUUUCUCUGCCAUUCAAAGACUCUUUUGAGUUUGGGCGAUGGCUGAUGCUGGCGGUGCUGAAUUUUCCCAUGGUGCCAUUCCUUCAGACAGAGGAUACAGAGAGCCCCGGGAGACAGACCUGCAGGAAAUGCUUCAUUAGCUGGAGUGCGCUGGUGCUGCCUAACAGGAUGUGCGCUCGCUGUCGCUAGGAAGCGCAGUACGGUUGCCAUCACCCAACACAGUGAAAGGGUGACGGAUUCCACUGUGAAUGUGCCAGGCACACCUCUAAACUUCCCCCGUGUCAGGCAGAUGAAGUUACUACUUUAUUUUGCCACCCUGCAGGUAACUGAAACUCAAUUACCGCAGCUGCUCACUCGGUUCCAUCCCCCUGAGUUUAGAUAGCUCCAGUGCCUCUCAGAACUCCCCUGUCUGUUCUCUUUGCUCUACCCCAGGGGUGAGCCUGCCGGAGCCCGUCAACUACCCCUUCUUUCCAGAACUCACUUAUCUGAACGUUUCAGCUCUCCCUGGAAGACCUUCUGUGUUGGUCUCCAGAGCCCCCAUGCUGAGGCUUCUAAUGAGGAACUGGCCUGAAGCAUCCCCACACCUUGGGGUUUAUUUGAAUAUGUUGGCUCUCUCGGUUUAGGGCUCUGUAGAAGAUACAUAAUGAAAUUGCUCUUGAAAUGAAUUAUUGUAGGAGAAAAAUUAUAUACAUAUGUAUUUUCAAAUGAAAUACCCGUAUAUAUACUUGCUUGAACAAUUAUGUAAGUGAUAUUUGCUUUUUUAAAAAAGUAAUAAUAAACUGGGGCUUUUCUGUCCCUAAAACCAAAGGUAUGGCUUGUUCACUGAAAAGUUGAGAAAGAGUAUAGUUGGUGAAAGAAAGAGUUUUGGGUUGAUAAAGAGUAUAGUUGGUGAAAAUAAAGAAUGAUUGGACAGGAAUUUGAGGGAGAUAGCAAGACCCAAAGAAGGUUUUUUAGGUUAGGGGAGCCUGGAGCAUGUUUGUAAUCUGCAAAGAAGGAGCCAGUAGAAAGGGAGAGAUUUAGGGAAUUCCCUGGCAGUCCAGUGGUUAGGACUCUGUGCUUCCACUGCUGGGGGCCCAGGUUCGAUCCCUGGUUGGGGAACUAAGAUCCUGCAAGCCUCGCAGCG